CACCUAUCUCAUGGAAGCUGUCUCAUCUUGAAUUCAGCAAAGCUCAAUCGCCGAUGUUUUCAUGGUUGACUUACGACGAUGAACAUCCCCACAAACCGUCAUUGAUGAUUAAGUCACCCAAGACCUCAAAUCAGCCACCAACCUAAGAAAAGCGAAGCUUGGUAAUCUUGAGAAUCGCUUUCUAGAAAAGACCAAAGGCCGUAUCAACAGAAGCUCUGCAGCCCCCUUCACUGACCGAACCUUCCCCCCAAGUCAUAACCACUCUCUUCAACACUUAGAAAUAAUACGCUAUGAAAACAAGUUUCGUGGUUUUGGUGGUACCACAUGUUCCUCUGUUCUUGUGCGCAAUCUCCAAACAUCCCUCUCGCCUAUGACCCAGCCUGCUUUCAGGUGAGAGAGUACUUUUGAACGACGAUCACCAUUCGUUUUGGAGCCUUAAACACGAAACCAGAUCCAAUUGGAUUCGUUCUAUUAUGGCACACAAGCAGGAUUCAACACGCCGAUCUCUAUGAUGCUCGUUAAACAACCGAAACUUAAGCCGUCCACUGCCAGAUUUGUCUUCAUACAUGAUAUUUCAGGUGGGACAACCGAAGAGUUGCAGAAAACUCAAUUGUAUGCGCAAGAGUUGCUUUUACGCUCGCUUCCACACAUGCAGAAGUUAAACGAAAGGGCACAUCGUCAGGGCAAUAUAAGCUUAAAAGGUUUUUGUCGUUUAACCUUCUUUGUCCGCAAGACAACCCCGAGUCGAUGUAACUUUGCCACCUCGCAUUGGUACAGGGCCUCCCACUCGAUGUUUGGGGAAGCACAAUUGUGUAGUUCGGCUAGAGGCUUGUUUCUCGCGAUGAGACAUCAACAGUGGAUUGGGUGCUGAGGUAUCACCACCUUUAUGCUGUGGUAUUGGAGGCUCACAACACAGGACUACCGAUGACAACUUGUCCUGUAGUUGCCAACUCACCGAGGUGGACGCAUAAAACCAGUAAAUAAUUUGCUGGCCAUUGAGAUGAUAUCGAUUGUUGUCGUCGUAGGUUUCAGAUGGCGGGGACAGAGAAGGGAGCCAACGUUGUGAUAGCUGGGAUCCAGUAAUGGGUGUAAAAUUAUAGUCCAAAAGUAUCUGAACACCCCACCCUAUAGGAACUU